AUGUCUGAAUUCAUCCCUACCUGGAAGCAACCCAGUCACCCGGAGACCCUCCAAGUGAUCAAAGGUGCGACACCAUACACAGCAAGUGCCCGCUCCUUAGUGGCAUUGCCUGCCGGCGCAUUGUUCAGCAAGAUCACCACGGCUAUUCCUGCGCCCAAAAAGACAUAUACGUCUGUUCAGACCGGACCGGGCCUGAAUAUCGAGCUGAUGUCCGACCUUGUCUACUGCAACCACUCCUGCUCUCCUUCCCUCGAAUUUGACAUGUCAACAUUUGAGGUCCGGGUCUCACGGGACCGGCCACUCUCCGUGGGAGACGAGUUGACAUUCUUUUAUCCCAGCACCGAAUGGGACAUGGUCCAACCAUUCAACUGCUUUUGUGGGUCUCAGAACUGCCUUGGACUCAUCGCAGGCAGUCAGGACAUGGAGGCAUCCGUUCUCAGCCGAUACUGGUUGAAUCCGCAUGUGAAGGAUUUGUUGGCAGGAAAACAGAUGACGGUGGCUCCCGAAUCUACUGAGGAGAUUUCCCUCAAAGCUUGA